CUGUGGAUAUUAAGGUUAUUUACAUUACGUCAAAUUAUUAUUUUUAUGAUUGUGAAAGUAACUUUAGGUUCUUAAUUCUUUCGAAAACCUAUUUUCUAAUUCCUUAGAUCAAUAUGUCCUGUCGUAAUGCAAGUCACGCUGGGAGCUGGUACACCGAAAAUGGUUCGGAAUUGUCCCGGCAACUGGACUUAUGGCUGUCAAAAGCUGAUCUCACCCAUGGACCAGCUCGAGCGAUAAUCGCCCCACACGCGGGCUACUCGUAUUGCGGCGCAUGCGCAGCAUUCGCGUACAGACAAGUCAGCCCAGUUGUAGUUAAACGCAUCUUUAUACUCGGGCCAUCCCACCACGUGCGUUUGGGAGGCUGUGCGUUAUCUUCCUUAGACAAGUACCAGACGCCCCUCUACGAUCUCACUAUCGAUAAGCAAAUAUACGCGGAGCUGGAAGCCACGAGGCAGUUCAAAUGGAUGGACAUACCCACGGACGAAGAUGAACACUCUAUAGAGAUGCAUCUGCCGUACAUCGCAAAGGUGAUGGAGGAAUACAAGACUGCCUUCACAAUAAUACCUAUUUUAGUUGGCUCACUCACCCCCGAGAAGGAGGCAAGUUACGGCGCAAUUUUAGCACCAUACCUAGCGGACCCACAGAACUUAGUAGUUAUUUCAUCCGACUUCUGCCACUGGGGUUCGAGGUUCCGGUACACAUGGCGAGACCAAUCGCGCGGGCGAAUCCAUCAGAGCAUCGAGUGGCUUGAUAAACAGGGCAUGGACAUAAUAGAGAAAAUGGACCCCAUUUCGUUCACCGAGUAUCUCAACAAAUAUAACAAUACGAUAUGCGGUCGGCAUCCCAUCGGAGUUCUUCUGCAGGCUAUAGCGAAGCUGCGCAGUCAGUCAAACGCUCCGCAGAUGUCGCUCAAAUUCCUCAAAUACGCUCAAUCUUCAGAAUGCUUUACCAUGCAGGACUCAUCCGUAUCCUACGCCAGUGCUUCCUUGGUCUUUGAAUAGUGUAAGAACAAUGGCAUCCGAAUACGGAAACGUUCAAUAAUCCUAUGAACCUUAGAUGUGUUUCACACUGUGAAAAAAAAAACGCGCGUGUUUUUUUUACCGCAAUGCGUUUAAAAUACUGCAACUUGCAAUUUAGUAAAAAAUGUUCAAUAAUCCUAUGAACCUUAAAGGUGUUUCACACUGUGGAAAAAAAACGUGCGUUUUUUUAACUCUCGACUGCAAUCUCACCUGGAGUGCAAGAUUAUCUACCUACGUUUACUAAUUUGAUCGGUUGAAAGAUACUAUUUAUAUGGUACCGAAGGAGUACCGCGCCAUCUAGUGACAGCACUGUUUGUUUGAGAACUCCCCGGCGCAACGCUGAGCGCUGUAAAUUUAAGUCGGAGGCCCCGGGUCCGAUUCCCGGAAGGGCCAUUAUAAAGGGAAUUUAUAAUGAUUGAAUUUUCUCUGGUUGGUUAUAGUGGGAGGGUUUUCGCCGUGGCUAGUUACCACCCUACCGACAAA